UCUCUAUCUUUAUUUUUAGGGUUCGGCUUUCUCUCUCACAGGGGGUUUCAUUCUGAGUCCUGACUCUCAAGUUUGGGAUCUUCUUUUAGGCCUUUGAUUUUUUCUCAUCUCAAUUUUAAAUUAAGCUUUUCUUGCGUUCUUAUUGAGGCCGAAUAAGGUUUUUUUGAGUCGAUCUUUGAAAUUUUGAGCCUUUGUUCGUCUAAAUUGUGAAACAAUGCCUCCGCGGAUGGUGAAGAGGGGUGCGGCGGGGCCGAAGAGAACGGCAAGAAACACCAGAGGGACCGCGAAGGCUCAGAAUCAGCCGCCGGACGCUGCGGCUGAGGAGUCGGUGAAGGUCGAGGAAGUCUCGAUUCCGGUCGUGGAGGAAGUCUCGAUUCCGAUCGUAGAGGAAGUCAAGGUCUUGGACAAGCCGGUUGCCGUGAAACUGGAACAGGAGGCAAAAGCGGAUGUGAACGGCUUGGGUCCGGUGAAAAAAGAAGACGUGGUGAAGGAGUCUGUAGAUGAAUAUGAAAAAGAUGAACGGGUGGAGCUGGAGGAUAAUGACCCUGAAUAUGAACCUGAAGAAUAUGGUGGGGUUGAUUAUGAUGAGAAGGAAAUAGAACAUGAGGAUGUUCAGGAGGUGGGAGAUGUUGGAGGGGAAGAACAUGAGGAGGAUGCUGAUGAAGAGGAAGAGGAAGAAGAUGAAGAAGAAGAAGAAGAAGAAGAAGAAGAAGAAGAGGGUGAUAUGGUUGAGGAGGAAAUGGAGGAUGUUCAUGAAGAACUUGAGGGCGAAGAGGAGGAUGAGCAUACUGGUGAGGAUCAAGAGCAUGCAACACUGGUUGAUGCAGAUGAAGAGGAGCACCACGAAGUUGUGAAGGAGAGACGCAAACGUAAAGAGUUUGAAGUAUUUGUUGGUGGCUUAGACAAGGUUGCAACUGAGGAUGAUCUUAGGAAAGUUUUCGGUGCAGUUGGUGAGGUUACUGAAGUCAGGUUGAUGAUGAAUCUUCAGACUAAGAAGAACAAGGGUUUUGCAUUCUUGCGUUUUGCAACUGUGGAGCAAGCAAAACGAGCUGUUACUGAGCUCAAACACCCGAUGAUUAAUGGGAAACAAUGUGGUGUUACUCCAAGCCAAGACAGUGACACCCUUUUUCUGGGUAACAUAUGCAAGACAUGGACAAAAGAAGCCUUGAAAGAGAAGUUGAAACAUUAUGGAGUUGAGAAUGUUGAGGAUUUGACGUUGGUUGAAGAUAGUAACAAUGAGGGAAUGAAUCGGGGGUUUGCAUUUUUGGAAUUUUCAUCUCGUUCAGAAGCCAUGGAUGCCUUUAAGCGCCUUCAGAAAAGAGAUGUUGUGUUUGGAGUUGAUAGGCCUGCAAAGGUUUCUUUUGCAGAUUCCUUCAUUGACCCUGGUGAUGAAAUUAUGGCACAGGUUAAAACUGUAUUUGUGGAUGGUCUGCCUGCUGCAUGGGAUGAGGACCGUGUUCGAGAGCUUCUUAGGAAAUAUGGAGAGAUUGAAAAGAUUGAGCUUGCCCGGAAUAUGCCUUCUGCCAAGAGAAGGGACUUUGGUUUUGUCACAUUUGACACUCAUGAUGCUGCAGUGACGUGUGCUAAAAGUAUUAACAAUGCAGAGCUGGGCGAAGGAGACAGCAAGGCUAAAGUUAGGGCCAGAUUGUCAAGACCACUUCAGAGAGGCAAAGGAAAGCAUGUUGGUCGCGGAGAUAUGCGAUCUAGUCAUGGGGCUGGACGAGUUGUGAGGAGUUCAUGGGGUCGUCCAACACCACGCAAUCUACCUGUGCGUGGAGUAAGAGGCAUUGGAAGUCGUGUCCCACCAGCCAGUAUGAAGAGACCUGGUGGAUUGAGAGAUAGACGCCCUGUUGUGUCCAUUCCGACAAGAGGCAGGCCCCUGGCUCCUCCAGCUAGGCCCUAUUUCAGGAGAGUGCCUGUUAAUUCAUAUCCAAAAAGUAGCCUGAAGAGGGAAUAUGGUCGGCGUGAUGAACUUCCUCCAAGGAGCAGAGCUGCUGCAAUUUAUGGUCCUAGGGCCAUCCCAGAGAGACGCCAAUCAUAUAGAGAUGACUACUCAUCCCGUGGUCCUGGUUACUCUGAUGUUCCUAGAAGUACAGCACGUCCAGCACCAAGGAGAGCUUAUGUGGAUGGUGGCUAUGGCCAUAGGUUUGAAAGACCUCCUCCUCCUCCUCCAAGUUACCGUGAGGGACGUGCCCGUGAUUAUGACUCCAUGUCUGGUUCAAAACGCCCAUAUGCUGCUCUGGACGACGUACCCCCGCGUUAUGCCGACUCUGGUGUCCGCCAAUCUAGAGCUCGAUUAGACUAUGAAUAUGGUACUGGUGCUUCUCAGUAUGGUGAUGCUUAUGGUGAUAGGCUUGGGAGAUCUAAUCUUGGAUAUGGUAGUGGCAGAAGUUCUGCUUCAAAUCAGGAUUCACAUGUGCUUUACAGCAGCAGCAGUCGUCAGGGCAUGAGUUAUGGAGGAGGCUCUUUCAGUGGUAGUGAUGUUGGUGGAAUAUACUCGGCAAACUAUGGUGGUGAUUAUGUGUCCCGUGGAAGUGAUGUUGGUGGUAGCUCUUACUCAUCAAUGUACUCUGGUCGUGGGAUGGGUGGUAGCAGUUACAUGGGAACUGGUAGUUCUGGAUCAUAUUACUAAGUGUGGUCACAAGUGAAUUUGUCUAUGGACAGAUGCGUCAUGACAAAGAUGCUGCUCUAGGAUGUGAACUAAAUGAAGACUAUGCAUUAUGAUGCCUACAGUGGAGUGAAUGUGACAAGUCUAAAAGCCUUUGAUAUGUUGAGGGGAUUUUUGUGGGAAAAAGGAGCUGUGUUGGUUCAAGCCAUUUUAGAAAUCUACUGAAGUGCUAGUUUUCUAAGUUGGAAUAUAUGCCUGUAAGGAAAUUUUUAAUUGAUCAGAAAUGAAGACGAAGUGUGCUUAGCAUGCUAUAUGUAUGAUCACGCAUUUUAUUUUCUGUAUGACUUCACUGGAUGGAUAAAUGUGGAGGUGUGCUGCAUCAUCUGUUCUUCUGGACACAGAAUGAUGAGAUUGAGGGUUCUGUAAUUGGACAAGGAAUUUUGGGAAAUCUUCUUGUGAUUGAAUUCACUGGUAAAGUUGUGGCUCCUACCUGACACUCUGGUUAUUUUGGAUCACUUGCUCUUUUGAAGCAAUACAGCCUUCAUUGAAUAGUAAAGUUAGUGAACCGGCUACUUCUUGAAGGUAGUAGAUAUACUGAGCUUGUUUGGAAUACCUAUGAAGUAUGGGAAAGUAAGUGGUCAUAGAAUGUUGGCCUUGAUUUUCUUUGGUUGGUAUUAUAAGCUUUGGUGCUAUUAGUAAAAAAAUGAUAAAAAUGAAAUGAUUUUGAAUCAAAUCAGUUUGUUUACGCUGGUUAAUACAGACUGGGAAUUGUGUAUUUCUUUGGUUAUGGAAGAUUAUUGCUACUUCCUGACUGGUUGAGAAGACCCUAACCAAUGAAAUGUAGAAGAUGAAACUAAAUGGAUGGUGCUUAAUGAAGUGUAUAUAUUUUUGUUUGAGGAA